AUGCAAAGUAAUAUUCUUCGCCAUGCGGUGCGAUCCGGGUGCAGUCGAGUUUCAUCGCCAAACCGAGCUACACUGGCUAGACACUUUGCCUCGGAUAAAACACCAAGCCGAACAGCGCUUUAUGAGUUCCAUCAGCAACAGGGUGGGAAGCUAGUGGACUUUGCUGGGUACUGGUUGCCGGUGCAGUACAGCGAUCAAAGCAUCAUCAAGUCGCAUCUCUAUACACGCGAACAUGGCUCCAUCUUUGACGUUUCACACAUGUUGCAGACCUAUCUGCGAGGCAAAGAUGUCAUCGGUUGUUUGGAAUCUAUCUGCACUGCUGACAUUAAGGGUUUGCGCAACGGAACUGGAUCACUUACAGUUUUCACCAACACUUCCGGAGGCAUUCUGGAUGAUCUGAUCGUCAACCGAGUAGCAGACGACCUCCUGUACGUCGUAUCGAACGCAUCUAGAAAAGAUGUUGACAUGGCCAACAUAUCCGAUGCCGUUGCUUCGUUCCAAGCUAAAGGCAAGGAUGUUUCUGUGGAAUUUCUUUCUUCCGACGAUCAGUCACUGCUUGCCGUCCAGGGACCCAACGCUGUCACGACACUACAGAAGCUCUGUACAAAAGAUCUUUCACGCUUGUACUUCAUGAACACCACCACCGACACGAUUGCCGGUGUCGAGGGCUGUCGGAUAACACGCUGUGGCUACACCGGAGAAGAUGGUGUCGAAAUCUCGAUUCCCUCAACCAAAGCCACACACAUUGCGACCGCUUUACUCGACCCGAGCGUCGGAAAGCUAAAGCUAGCCGGGCUGGGUGCACGAGACUCGCUGCGUGUUGAGGCAGGCCUGUGCUUGUAUGGCAACGAUAUAGACGAAAGUACGACACCCGUCGAAGCCAAUUUACUCUGGUUGGUAGCGAAGGCUCGUCGCGCCGAGAACAACUUCCCGGGCUCGGACAAAAUUGUCUCCCAAAUAAAGAACGGCGUCACGCGUCGACGCGUAGGCUUUAAAAUGGACUCGGGAGCCGCUCCAGCACGCCAGCAUGUGGAAAUCUACAACAACGAGCAGCAGAAAGUCGGCGAAAUUACCAGCGGCUGUCCGAGUCCAUGCUUGCAGCAAAACAUCGCGAUAGGCUACAUCCGCGAAGAGUACAAAAAACCGGGCACGGAAAUCACACUUAAAGUGCGCGAUAAGCACUACCACAGUACCGUUUCGAAGAUGCCCUUCGUGGCGACACACUACUACCAGGCGCCGAAAUAA